CACCACGACGCGACAGACAUCCCCUCAUCAACCUCAAGCAUUCCCACCGCCAUAACGCCAAACACGCCUUUACGAUACCACGAUACACAUACCAAAUCCACGAACUCUCACUAUCUACCUACCGACCCACAAUCCACCCCAACAAGCCACGCCGAGCACUCCUCACCAUCACCCCGAAGCGCGCUUGAACGCGCCGCCCCGCGACUCCACGACUCCCCGCUCUCCUCCUCACCACACACACACAUACCAUGGCCCUCCCUCUCCCCGCGGGGCUGACACCAGCAGAAACGGCUUUCCUGUGUGAGAACGAACCUAUAACCGUUAUUCCGCGACAGAGAAUGCAGUCUAUCGAAUUACUCUCCGGCCCAACACCCCAGCUCAACCCCCCGCGCCCUACAACCCUACCGCUGUGGCUGGCGCUCUUACUACACCGGCAAAACCGCGCGACGCUAGUCCCCCCGCCGUGGCUGACUCCCGCGGGGCUCGAGACGAUAUUAGCAGCCGAGCUCGCCAGCCCCGAGUUCUGCGACAUGCUCCCCUUCCACUGGGUUGAGAUCGCGCAGGCGCUCGUGAGCGGCGGGUGUCUGGGCGGGGAAGAAGCGGUCGUGGGACGGCUGGUGAGGGGGGUGAGGGAGGUGAGGGGGGGAAAGGUUAGGGGGUUUGUGGUUGCGGGGGAGGGGGGCGUGAGGGGGGUGGGGACUGUGGGUGCUUGGGAGGUUGGGGAGGUGAGGGGGGUUGUGGCGGGGGUGGGGGGGGGGUUGGCGAGGUUGGGUGGGGGGGGGGGGGCGGAGGGGAGGAGGGAGGAGGAGGAGGAGGAUGAGGAUGAGGAGGGGGGGAUUGAGAUGGGUGAGGGGUUUUAG